UAGUGCAAUAAUGUGCAACAGACAGCGGCGGCAUUGCGCCCGCGUUUCUGCAGACUAGCGCUCCGCUUCCGACCGGGAAGGACUCUGCUUACGCCCCGACGUCGUCCCCCUUUUCCUCUUGACUUUUCAAACCAAGCGGGGGGGCGAAGGGGAAAAAAGUGGCAGUGAGUGAGGUCAGCAGCGUAGCAUGAGUCAACCUCGGGGAUGUAUGCAGUCAUCAUCGCAGGUCUGUAUCGCGCGGGCCCGCUGCCGCUGCUGGCCGCGCAGAGCUGCGAGUGCGCCGCGAUCCUGCGGGCUGAGCCGCCGCUAGUAGCAGCUUUCACGACAGACACAGGUGUUGUCCACGAAUGAGAGAGAGGCGCAGACUUCUUCAGAUCUGCUCACCCCAGGCCGGCGACCUCCGAGUCACUCACAAAGAACUUCAGAGGGGGCGAGAAGAUUAUCUUGGUUGACUUUGCUCCCUCUCAUACUGAUGUCAAUGUAGUUUCACAGCUUCAUUUUACUGCGGGAGCCCUUUGAUUUUUGAUUUCUCAAGGUGACAUCCAGUAGAGCAUUAAUAGCUGGUUUGGUUGGAAAUAUUCACCUAGCUCGGCUUAUUCAUGCCCGUCAUGAGUGUACCAGCCCAGCAGAAACCCAGCGCCAAAAGAACAGGCAAACGCAUCACAUUUUUCAACGAACAAAGCAUAGCAAUGAAGGAGACUUCCCAGCACCCCGAGGGGUCCUACUAUGUCCCAGGUGGCACUGCCUCAGACCCUGGACAGAGCGAGGCUGCGAGUACUGUGACCUCCAAUCCAGAGGGCCCUCACAUGUACCUCAACUCUGUCAUAUUCAGCCCAGAUAAGGGUGACCAGAACAGGGGUCAUUAUCAGCAGACUGUGCCUAUGAAGUGGGCCCACCAGGAGCCCAGUCAGCAGCAGCCAUCUUUGUCCCAGCAGCAGAGAGCUGCGUCCUGGAAUACCAUGACCAACUGGGGACAAAACAUUGCUAAUUACAUUGGAGGAGUUAAUGUAACGGACUCACGGACCCAGAAUGCAUUUUCAAAGUCGAUGCAUGAGACUUCUGGCUUACAGCCACAUCAACAGCCCCCUAACAGAGCUGCAGACAAGCUGCCUAACCCUGCAGUUGAAGCGUACAGGGAUGCAGUCAAGGCUCGGGGACUGGAAUGGGAGCAGCAGCAGCAGUCCCAGGCCUUUCAGGAGACCCUGAAACCCGGGGCGUUAAACACCCAGCAGCACAGCUCGUCCCACCCAGGAGGAAGCUCAGUCUUGCAGCCCUUCCAGUUAGCAUUUGGUCAGCCCAAGCAGCACCUGCCGGCCUACUACCAGACUUUUCAAGGCAACAGGACAACCCUACCUAACCCACCAAUCUACUCAACGCAAACAAAACCCCCGCACCAGUUGCAGCAGCUGCAGAAGCAAGAGCAAAUGCAACGCCAGCAGCAACAGCAUCACAUAAUCCAGCAGCAAAUUCAGCAGCAGCACCAUCAACAAAUGCAGCAACAACAAAUCAUUCAGCAUCAACAGCAUGUACAGCAACAGCUACAGCAGCAGCAACAAAUACAGCACGAGCAGCAACAAAAGAUACAGCAGCAGCAGCAACAACAGCAGCAACAGCUCCAAAUUCAGCAGCAAAUGCAACAUCAGCAGUUGCCACAACAAAACCCUCAUGUGCUUGACUAUUACCCCGCUGCACAAAAUGCACAUCCUCACCCACAUCCACAGCCGGUGGUGGUACACUCCCAGGAGUCCUCUGCUCCAGCUCCCCCAAAGAUCCAGGAGCCAAUUAUCCAGGAUAUCACCCCAGAACCCCAGCAGCCUUCAGAUCCGCUGCAGCCCCCUCUUUUGCCUGAGCCCCUGUCCCAGUCACAACCCCAGACACAACUCCAGUCCCAAACACAGCUUCGCAGAUCACGACGGCUCUCCAAGGAAGGCGGGGCGCCGUCCGACAACCCUUUUCUCUCCGUCACCUCGGAUCAGGCUGCCCCAGGGCCGCAGGGGUCCCAGAACGGGGCCCGCGACAUCCAGGCAGCCCCAACAGGUGUCAUUCAGAGCACCCGCAGGAAACGCAGGGUGUCCCAGGAGGUCAACCUGGAGACCCUUGCUCAGAAGGCCUCAGAAAUGGAGUCCCUACCAUCACAUGUUGUAAAGGAGCCCCGCAGGCCGUGGAGUCCCACAGACUCAGAGGGUCUGAACGCCAAGCGGCCUCGAGACGACAGCCUCCUUCCGCUUGUCAUCCCCGUGUCUGUUCCGGUGCGAAGGCAGGAACCCUCCUCCCCUGACGGAGACGACGAGGCCCUGGCUUCCAGCUGGCCCCCGAGGCCCUCAAACCCCCAAGACCUCGGCCGCGCCGACCACAAGCCCUCGGUCAUCGUCACCCGGAGACGCUCACUCAGGAACUCCUUGUCAGAGAGCUCAGAUCAGAAUGGAGGAGCUGAGGGAGAGAAAGACGAGGAUGGCAAAAAGUCCAAGAGGCGCCCCCGGCCCGAGCCUCUUUUCAUCCCGCCGCCUAAACCUGGUUUAUUCAUCGCCCCUCCUGUCUACUCCAGCAUCACACCCUACCAGAGCCACCUGCGUUCCCCCGUUCGCCUCGCCGACAACCCCCUCACCAUACCCCCCUACACGCCGCCGCCAAUCCUCAGCCCCGUUCGCGAGGGCUCUGGCCUCUACUUCUCCACCUUCCUGUCCUCCGCUGCUGCCGCUGCAGCCGGCAGCCAGGGCCUGCCUCCGCCUGCAACCCCCAAGUCUGCAACACGCAGCCUGCUGCGCUCCAACAGCUGCGACAUCACACCACCAGUUCUGUCUGCUAUGAGCGAGGCCACUCCCGUCAGCAUAGAGCCGCGGAUAAAUAUUGGGUCGCGGUACCAGGCCGAGGUGCCAGAGCUGAGGCAGCGGUCAGCUGUCGAGCUGGAUCAUCAUCGAGCGGAGCUGGUCUGGGCCCCGCUGACUGAACAGGAGGAAAAACCUGAUUUCCACGAGAAAGUGGAGGACCUAAUGCACCUGGCCUGCUCCAGCGUUUUCUGUGGAGGAGGCACCAACCAGGAGUUAGCCCACCAUUGUUUGUACGAGUGCAAAGGGGACAUAAUGGCUGCGCUGUCCCUCCUGAUGCUGAGGAAUCCAAUUUUCCCCAAGUCUCAUCAUCUGGCAAACUACCACUACUCAGGAUCAGACAACUGGACCGCGGCGGAGAGACGCCAGUUCAACAAAGGCAUCACUGCAUACAAGAAGGACUUCUUCAUGGUGCAGAAACAGGUGAUCACCAAGUCAGUGGCCCAGUGUGUGGAGUUUUACUACACGUAUAAGAAACAUGUCAAGAUCGGCCGCAACGGGACACUGACCUACGGCGAGGCAGAGCCCCUUGAGAGCAGGACCACCGAGGAGGAGAUGGACCACAAGGGCUCUCACAGAUUGGAGCCGCAGCGGGAGGAGGACAGCAGGAAGUGGGAAGGGUCAGCUGACAGGAAACAGGAAGUCGGCCCCACAAGGGUGACACACACGCUGCAGUCCACUGACAAUCCUGGAACCGUCCUGAUCAUGAAGGGCCAGGAGGACGCGGGGAGGGAUCAGCCGCUGUCCCGGGUCAUCCACCCCCCUCAUCCGCCCCCUCCCAGCUCCAAACCACGCUACGAUGACCACGCGCGCAGGAGCAGCCCGUCAACAGGCAACAAAGGCACAGCUGGUCAGGAGGGAGAGUUCCCCUGCAAGAAAUGUGGCAGGAUUUUCUACAAGGUGAAGAGCCGCAGCGCCCACAUGAAGAGCCAUGCCGAGCAGGAGAAGAAGGCCGCCGCGCUGCGCCAGAAGGAGGCCGAGGAACGGGCUGCGGCGAAAGCGGCCGCGGAGGCCGCCGCCCUCCUCGCCGCGCGGCAGCAGAACGGCACGCGGCAAGCGGGCGGGGACAGCACCAACGACGACUCGUCGGACGGGGAGGACGAGGACGACGAGGACUGGCAGUAAGCGAGAGGACGCGCACGCACUGACUGCAGCGCGCGGCGUGGCGUUCUCUCUGGGGUGGAAGGAGGAAGGUUUGAAGAAGAGAAGAAUCGCUCCCAUGAACUCCCUGUAUAUUUUGUGGAACAAGAAGACUUCCGUUGCUUGGCACAUUCAGGGACAGAUUUACUCCCACGUAUGUGUUUGUGACUGACUGACUGUGUGUGUGUGUGUGUGUGUGUGUGUGUGUGUGUGUGUGUGUGUGUGUGUGUGUGUGUGUGUGUGUGUGUGUGUGUGGCAAUGGGUGCGUAUGUGCUUUCCACAACUCGCCAACGGCCCUUUACUCUGCUUGAAAAGCUUUUCAAGAGUUACCUCUCUUGGUCACAGGGCUCGGUCAAAUCAAAGCCAUGCCGCCUCUCUCGGCGCUGUCCUGCUCUCCACGCCAGGCCGCGGCCCUCCUCAGCACUUCGAGUCUCGCCCCCCCCCCCCCCCCCCCCCCCCCCCCCCCUCCCAAAGCGGAACUCGUCGGACCCCCUUUUUUCUCGCUCGAUGAGCCACGGCACGCGCUCGCUUAAGCCGCGCUCCCGACUGGAUGACGUUUUUGCGAUACGAAGGCUGAAAUCUGACAGCUGGGGCGAGCGCGCGAGGCGAACAAAUGGAGGGACGUGCUGUUAGUUUCUCUGCUCUAGGAUGGAUGGAUGGGUGGAUGGAUGGACGGACGGAUGGAUGGCAUGUGCAAACUGUUGCCUUUGUUUCGCCGCUCUUCUGCACUCAAGGCUGCCAAAAGCUUUCUCAGACGCAUGUUGUGCACCAAAUGGGUUCCCUCUCUCUGUGAGCGUUGUUCAUUUGGGCUUUAGUUCUGUGAAUCCCUCUUCAGUCACUUUUUAUAGUUCCCAGUUUGUUCCUCACUGUUGAUGCCUUGGAUGUUUUGAUGCUUUUUAUCUUGAAAUGACAAUCAAUUUUACACUGUUGUUGUUGUUGUUGCUUUUUUUUUUAUAAAUAUAUAUAUACAGGUAAACGUUACUUUCUCUGCCUGUGUAGCUAUAUAUGGUUGUUGUUGUUUUUGUGAAUAUUCUUGUUGAUGAUUAUUAAUAUUAUUAUUGUUAUUAUUAUUAUUAUUAUUAUAUCCUGGUUUUGGCUGCAAUUUAAUUGAGCGCUUUUCUGUACUUGUCCAUAGCUUCUUCUUUUUUUUUUUUUUUUUUUUUUAAUUAUUAUUUAAACAAAAAACAGAAAUAAUGCUACUUGCUGCCUGUUUUAACUGUGAGAUUUUUUUGGAAGCCAGAAAUGAAGAAAAGGCAGAAACACGUGCAAUAGAACAAGAUGACCCCCCCCUCCGUUACCAGAGCGUCCAAGCCCUCCCUCCCCUCUGUGUCAUGCUUAUGACUGACUGCUCUGGAUGCCUCUCGGUCAGCCCUGUAACUGAUAGGAGGUGGUGACUGACUGUUGAAACUGCAGGUCGCUGUAGAUACACACAACAAAGCGGGAGAGACAAACAAACAGCACAAGCGAAUAAUGGAAAUCAGCGAUUUUGGCAAGCUCACCGCUCUGAAAUUCUAGUUUUCCUGCUAGCUUUUCACAUUGGCCACAUUCUCUCGAUGACUGUGAAUAAUUUGCUGGUACAAACAGACGCAUAGAGAAGCAGAAACAGUCUUAACUGUAAACCAAACCCAAGCCACAUUUUGCAGGUGUUAACGGGAGAUUUUAAACGCCAACAUGAGACGUUUUAAAACCAGAUAUCAACAGCUGAUGCUUCCCGCUAAGACAUUUCAGCCAGAGUCUACUUUUUUUUUACACUUCACACAGACUUAAACAUGUCAGUAAAUAAUUUACUGUCAUCAACAAACUAGCUGUAAGAGAGCCAGAAGCGUUCUUUUCUGCACACCAUACUUAACUCAAAUUGUGCAGGUUUUUACGGAGGAUUGUGAGUGCGUUUAUUACACCUGCUUUCACACUAAAGCCCCUGCUGACAUUUGGACUCUAAAUUGGAAGGCAGAAAAUUUUGAAGGCUGGAUUCUGUCUUUUGCCAGCUUGGAAAAGUGUCUCAAACUGUGUUCAGAUCAUUGUGACACUGACACGCUCUGUUCAUACCUUGUCUAUGUGGGUCAGGGCAGCGUGACACAGCUCACGAAUGCAUAGGGGGAAGUAUUGGAAGAUGUCACGAGAAUAAUACUGAUAAUAAUAUUGUGGAAUUAUAGUAAAAUUUAAAUGUGAAUUUGACUGUUAGCCAGAAUAUAACAGUGGAUGGGGAAGAAUUCAAAACAUGUGAGGUGCACAAACUGCCUGGCUGUUAUUAAAGGCUAAACAUCUUCUUGUACCACCCUGACGUGUGUGUCUGUGGUCGACUUUUUCUGUUUACCUUGUCGCUGAUAGCAGGCACUGAAUUGGACCAUGGAAACCGUAUGUUUUGAUCCGUCUGUCUCUACAUAUCUCUGUUAAGCCCUUCGGCCCCGAGCCAGCUUCUGUUGCCAUAGCAACAGAUGGGUUAAAGGGUUAUUUUCCUUUAAAGGACAAACCACAGUGGGGAGUUGGGGGAGCGGGGAGAAAUGGCUCCAAUUACCAGUUACUCCACAAGUUAAUCCUGGGUCUAUGCACAGACUGUUUGUGUGUGUGUGUGUGUGUGUGUGUGUGUGUGUGUGUGUGUGUGUGUGUGUGUGUGUGUGUGUGUGUGUGUGUGUGUGUGUGUGUGUGUGGACAUACUGUUAAAAGUGUGUGCGUGAGUGUGCUUUGAGGUCAAAUGUUAAACUGUACGCCAGUCAAUGGAAAAAAACAAGUUUUUUGCAGACUGUUCACAUGUUUGGUAUGUUAAUUUAUAUAUUUCCUUUUUAUUUGGGCUUGUCUUGAGGUUCUCACCGGGAGGAAGUUGUUGUCCACGAAAAGGUUUUCAAGAUGUUUUUAAAAGAGGAAAUCCAAGAUGAAAUCGAGGCCACGACACACAAACACAGAGCUGUAAACUUUCCUCAUUUCAUCCAGUUGGUUAAGGGAAUUUUAAAGGGGACAAAAGGUUUAUUUAGCUAAAGAUUAGAAAAUAUAUAUGAAUGAAAUUCUAUGUUUGCAUACUUUCUAUGCUAUUUUCAUAUGGGGUUCACACUAACGAUGAAAACAGAAAGGAAUCUCAAGUGCUUUUUACUACAGUGUAACUUAUUUGUUUCGAUUUGAUUUUUACCACCUGUGUUUUUAGUAAUGAUUUAUGAAGCACUGUAUAUUAAAGUUUUAAAAUAUU